AUGACGUUUUCUCCUGCGGGGGACGUAUUGAUGGGGGACGCGGAAAGCUGCGUCGACGCGGAGGACCUGGCUGCUUGUUUGCUCAGCUUGGGUCCGAGUGCGGAGUUUAGUUACAUUCGGACGGGAGCGUUAAUGGCAACUGGUUCUGCGCGUUGCAGUGGUGAUGAGCGGCGUUUGUUGCAUGCGGAAUUGGAGCCAUUUGCCCUUCAGUCGCCGAUGGCUCAGGCGGCUAAGUUGAUGCCACCGGCGCAGUUUGUUUUGACAGAUUUGACAACGGAAACGAAGGCUGGACGUUGCACGCCUCUCGCCUAUAUACUCAGUCCGGCACAGGAUUGUCAGGACGACCAUAACGCUGCAAUCGAACUGACAGUCACAACUGAUGAUGAUGACCCCAACAAUCGCAUCUACUCUGCACCAGAACUCUCCAACGAAGUCAGCACAAGCCGACAACUCCUCAUAGACGUCAACGACUGCGGAACCGUCAACUCCACCGGCUUCCUCCUCUACGAAAUGAUCCACUACCCCUCCAGUGAUGCGCCUGACCCCGACAGCGACCACGAAACCAACCACGCACACCACACACAACUCGCUCCCGCCACGGCCCUCGCAGCUGUCCUGACUGCUACACUCCCCUUUUAA